GUGUGUGUGUGUGUGUGUGUGUGUGUGUGUGUGUGUGUGUGUGUGUCUCUUCGGGAGCAGAGCGGUCUGAUGACAGCUGUCAGAGCGGACUGAAGCUGCCCCUGUCCCCCCUGAAGAAGCCGGAUGGUUCCCCUCUGAUCCUCCGGCAGAGAGAGAGGACAGACCCGGUACUGGCCCGGUUCUGACCCGGUUCUGACCCAGGUGAGCAGCAGGUGCUACACUCAGGUGUGUGUUGGUGGGUAUUUGGUGGGAUAAACGUGGCCGGAGGAGAGAUGGGGACUCAGGGCUCAGGACGUAAACGAGCUCCUCUCAAAGAUCGAUUCUCUGCCGAGGAUGAAGCUCUGAGCAGCAUCGCCCGAGAGGCAGAGGCAAGGCUGGCGGCAAAGAGGGCGGCUCGUGCGGAGGCGAGGGAUAUUCGAAUGAAGGAGCUGGAGCGACAGCAGAAAGAGCUGGACGAGAAAUGUGAUAAACAGUAUUCAGACUUCAGCCGGCCGUCGUCCCGCUGUGCGACACCCGGACUCUCAGCGGCCACGCUCGCGUCUCUUGGUGGCACGUCUUCUCGACGCGGCAGCACGGACACAGGCAGCGUCUACGACCCUGACACGAGUCUGAGUGAGCUGAGGGACAUCUAUGAGCUUAAGGACCAGAUUCAGGAUGUAGAGGGGCGCUACAUGCAGGGGCUCAAAGAGCUGAAGGAGUCCCUGGUGGAGGUGGAGGAGAAGUACAAGAAGGCGAUGGUGUCGAACGCUCAGCUUGACAACGACAAAGGAAACCUGAUCUACCAGGUGGACACGCUGAAGGAUGUCAUCGAGGAGAUGGAGGAGCAGACGGCUGAGCUGAAGAGGGAGCUGGAGGCUAAGACAAAGGAGAUGGAGAGGCAGAAACACACAUGUUCAGUUCUGCAGCACAAACAGGAAGAACUGAAGGAGGGCAUCAGACAGAGAGACGAGCUCAUACAGGAGAACCAGAGGCUGCAGACUCAGGUAGACGGGCUGAGCAGGGAGGUGUUCGACUUGCAGGAGACCAUAAACUGGAAGGACAAAAAGAUCGGGGCGUUAGAGAGACAGAAAGAAUACUUUGAUUGCAUUAGGAGUGAGAGGGACGAGCUCAGAGACGAGCUUGCUGACAUCAAAGGGAAGACGAAGACGGGACAGAAACACGGGCUGGUCAUCAUCCCUGACGGGACUCCAAACGGAGACGUUGACCACGAGUGUCCGUCCUCAGGUAUCACGGUGGUCUCUCAGGAGGCCGCCCAGGUGCUGGAGUCUGCAGGGGAGGGGCCGCUAGACGUGAGGCUCCGUAAGUUAGCCGAGGAGAAAGACGAGCUGCUGUCUCAAAUCAGGAAGUUGAAGAACCAGGUGGAGGACGAGAGACAGAAACAGACGAAGACAGACGGUGCGUUCACUGACGGGGAGAGAGUGGAAAACGGUACAGACCUUCACUUCAUUGAGAUGCAGAGAGACGCUAACAGACAGAUCAGUGAAUAUAAAUUCAAACUCUCCAAAGCGGAGCAGGAAAUGGGUACGAUGGAGCAAAACGUUAACAGACUGGAGGGUCAGGUGAGUCGCUACAAAACUGCAUCUGACAACUCGGAGAAGGUGGAGGACGAGCUGAAGGCAGAGAAACGCAAACUACAGAGAGAGCUUCGUACGGCGCUGGAUAAGAUCGAGGAGAUGGAGAUGACUAACAACCACCUGGUGAAGCGUCUGGAGAAGAUGAAGGCGAACAGGAACGCUCUGCUGUCUCAGCAGUGACCCCCCCCCAGUCUUCAUCACCAUGAAGCCCUUAAAGCUGACCUUUGACCUCUGACUGCCAAACUGCGUCUGCAGCACAUUUCCUGUUUUACCUGAAACACUCUGAGAUCUGUAGCUAACCAAAAACUCUAAAGUGUAGCGCAGACACAGACUGAUUUUAAAAACGCUGAAAGCAUUAAAGAGAUGUUGGGAGAAAGGUGUGAGGACAUUUCACUACAGAUUAACAUUUCAUCCUGUUUGAUUUAGUUUCCUGCUCGGGUGCUUGGCUCUUCUUUGUUUUUGUUGUUGUGUUUUUUGAUAAGUUGCAUGAAUGAGCGUUGAGUUUCUUUGAAAUCCUGACGUCCUCUCACAGUGAAGUGCCUUUACACACACUAACAGGUACACAAUGAUCUCAAACUGUCUGCUGCCGUUUCUCUGCAUUUUUCAGAUAUUUAAAGAUUUCUUGAGAAUAAAUGUGUAAUUUACAGA